CGCGGAAGAAGGUCACCCGCCGCUUACCUUGAAUUUCCGCAGGUGUUGCGGUUUGCAAAAAAACACAAGUUCAGAUUUGGGCUACAAAGUUACGUAUUUAUCGUUCCGCUUCGUUUAGAGCUUCUCGUCGUUAUGGAACGUGGCAGCAGAACUGCGAGAUAUUAAUUGAUAUAAAUUGCAUACGACGGUUCGUGUCCCUGUGUGACGGAGCGGACACUGAGUGAGUGACUCCCGCGAAGCCCUGCGAGGAUUCUGAAGCGGAACCUCGUGAAGAGCGGCGCGCGAGCUGGAGCACAGCGACCACACCGCGCUCGCGCCACUGCUACUCCAGCAGCCUGAAACAUCAUCAUGGAGGAGAACGUGGACUUCAAGACCUUGAGGGACAGAUUUCAUGCGAAGGCUGAAAUGGCUGAUGCCAAAGGUGGUGAUUCCCAGAGGCUUCCGAUGCCACGAUUUCCAAGAGCAGUUCCACCAGCAGGACACAGCCCUUCAGCGAAUGGUGCCGCCCGACCUAAACUGUCGCCUGCCGCUCCUGGACCGCGUUCAUCUCCAGACCUUAGUUGGAUGGCCAGACCAUCUGCAGUUGAACCUGAGUCCACAGGCCCAACAAGGCCGUCCCCACCUUUUGGUGUCUUUCCCAGACCACCUCCAUCCCACCGGACUGCUCCUGUUCCGCAGGAACCCAAAACAGAGAGCCCAGUGAAGGACAGAGUACCAGGAAAGGUCAAAGCUACCGGGGAACUGUUGCAAAACAUGAUGCUGAAGCCAUCUAUGCAGGACAGCCCCCUAUUCAAGCCAACUCCAUCUCCCACAUCAACACUGCGUAGCCAGAGAAGCAUGGCAGAAGUGCCUCCUCUUAGGAGGACUCUACCCCCUGAGGGACCAAAACCUGUCAAACCCAAACGCCCCCCCACUGUUAACCUGGACUGCUACCGGAAAGCUGCACCACCACCUCCGCUGCCUGGACGCCCAUCACUGGGGAAGAAGACAGGAGCUGUUAAUCUACCCAUUCCUGGGUCAGCAAGUCCAUCAGGCCCACCAAGGCCACCAUUCAAACCAAGCAGCCUAAGCCAGCAGCAGUCAGUGAUUGUGAAAGACGAUGAUCAAGACACCUACGAUGAUGUUGACAUACUUCCACCUCCACCACCUCCCCCGCCUUCAAAGUCUGCUUUCAAAGAAGAUUUCUUCAACAACUGUGGUUCCACACCUGGGGAUGAGGAAAGUGAUACUGGUGAAAUCUAUGAACCUGUUGAUGAACCAGAAGAGCCAGUCAGUCACGAUAGGAAUUUGCAGAAGGAAGUGAAGCGGCAGCGUGACCUGGAAAAGAAAGAACAGAAGGAGAAACAGAAGAAAGAGAAUGAAUAUAAGAAGAAAUUUAAGCUCACUGAAAAAGUGGAGGUACUUCAUAUAGCCAGGAUCCAGCAUGAUUGGCAGGGGGGCAAGAAUGACCUAUCUGUGCGGCAAGGUGACAGAGUGGAGAUCAUUCGGGUCAAAAACAACCCGGAGGGCAGGUGGCUGGCCCGCACAAUGACUGGCACAUAUGGUUACAUAAGCAACACCUGCGUGGAAGUGGACUACGAGGAAGUGAAACGGAGGAUUCUCGGAAAACCUGCUGAUUCUUUGUUCCCCCUUCCACCUCCACAAAUCGAUAAACUGUCAGGUGACGACGUCUAUUACGACGUGGGCUCCUCAGAUCAGUUGGACAGUAGCAUUAAUGCAGGAGAUGAUGUGUAUGAUGAUGUGGAGGCACUAUCAGAUGACUUUCCUCCUCCUCCAAUUGAAAUCAGUCUAGACCCAAAAAAAAGCAAGAAACAGGAGAAGGAGGAAAAAGAAUUUAGAAAAAAGUUUAAGUUCGAAGGUCCUAUACACGUGCUGUGCAACAUGAUGGUUGACCCCAAUACUAGCAUUAAGAAGGGAGGAGGGAAGGACUUGCCUCUGAUUCCUGGCGAAAUCCUUGAAGUCAUUCAGUUUGCCAAUGACAAGAAAGCAUUGUGUCGUAAUGGAAUGGGGAAAUAUGGAUAUGUGCCAAGGGUAUUCCUGCUACACGAGGAAGGUGAUAUUUAUGAUGAUAUUGAUAAUGAUACAGAAGUCUAUGAUAAUGACUCCAAUACCACCUAAAUGGACGUACAAUGACUGUGGAUGGAUUUCCUGUUUUGGUGUUACUACUGAGAUAAUCUUAAUUUAUUGUGAAACAGAGUUCAGGACAGCCCCAAAACAUUUUCCCUGAAGACUAUAGCAUUGGAUAUCUACAGAGGCUGCAGACUGACCAGCAAAAAAUGGC